AUGAGUUCAAAUGCUAAAUAAGAUAAAUUAUUUGUUUCCUUUUAGGUUUUUAAUAAGACAAAGUAGAGUUUGUUUAUUACUCCUGAGUGCUUAGAAGGUACAGUGACUGUAAUUGAUAUUAAUUAGUAACUCAAAAACUUCAUUAAUAUGUCAAAUUAAAAAUAAAAAAACAUAAAAUCCAAGUUUGUUAAUAAUCAUGAUUAUCAUUAUGAUGAUGAAGCUAAAAAUACUGCAAUUUCUACUAAAAGCUAAUAAAAACUCUUCAAAAUUUAGACUUCCUUUCAGCGUAGAUGCUAAAUUAAAGCUAUACCUUAUAAAUCUUAAUCAGUUACAUCAAAUAACAUUAACACUAUCAAAGUUUUAAGCAAGGUUUAUGAUUCACAUUCUUAAGAUUUUGAUAAAAUAUGUACUUACUAUGCUCUAGUUAAACCUGAUUAUAACUAAAACAAUAAAAAAGACUCUAAAUAAUAAUAACUUGGUUAGCUAUUUUAUGAUAACCCUAAUAAGUAAUUACACUCUGACAGCAUAAACUCAUAAAUUUAGUUAAAACCUUCAGCUGCUCAUUUAGUCAGCAAUAAUUUAGCUCCUAUAAAUUAAGAAUUAACUCAGCAUAAAAAAUCCGAAAUUUAGUCAAAUUAAAAUAAAGCAGAUAAUAAAAUUAUUUUUCUUAGUAAAGAAUAAGAAACCAAUAAAAACUUAGAUUACAAUUAUAUUAAAUAAGAAUAAAUUUGUAAGCCCAAUAAAUUAAAAGCUAUAAAUUCAAAAACUUAAACAUUAAUAGAAAAAAGUAUUCAUAGUAACAAUAAGUAUCGAGACUAAUAAAGUUAUCUAGCAAAUAGUUAAAAACAAAAAAAUUUUAAUUAACGUAUAAAUUAAUAAAACCAAGAAAAAUAAUAAAAGAAAAGAAAAUUUUAGUGGCGUGAUCCUCUUAAUUUAAAUAAUGAUGAAAUAUAAGAUUAAGUUUAGAAGUAAUUAAAAAAUAAAUAAAUAGAAGAAAAUGAAUUGAUUUCCAUGGAUAAUUAAAAUGAGGAAUAUGUAAGUCCUUCUCUUUCUGAGUAGUAGAAACACUAUUCAAUUAAUUAAUUUGUUGCAAAAAAUAAUUAGAGCAAAUCUAGUUAAUGUUAUUAACACACAGAUUAAAAUAUACAAAAAAAUCAAAAUUUUAAUUAAAGUUCAACGAAAAUAGAAUAAAAUGUGCGUAAAAAAAUCAAAUAAAGCAAAUAGCCUGAAUUAAACUUUUGCACUAAUAACAAUAAUUAUAAAAAUAUUUCAAAACUAAAUGAAUAUUUUUAAGAACUUCAAAUGCUUACUUCAGAAAACAAUUUUAUAGAUAACUCACAAUCCCUCCUUAAUAAAUGUAUUUAUCUUACCGAGAACAGUUACGUUCAUUUAAUCAUUUAGAAUUUAAUGACUGAUUUUUAAACUGUAUCAAAUAUUAUUGAACCAAAUUAUAAAAUAAAUUUUUAACAAAAUGAAGGAAUGAAUUAAGAAAAAGAAACUAUUUAAUAGACACCAGAUUUAGAUAGCUAAAGAAAAGUAAGGACACUUACAUGCUUUUCAAGGAGUAGCGCUACUACACAACAUAUAAAUGUAUUAGCUCUUGCUUCAGCCCUAUCUAUAAGUAAUGCGCAAGAAAAUAGUGCUUCUCAAGAAAUAAUUAAAUUAGAAAACAAUUAAAUAAAUUAAAAUACUAAUAACAGCUUAACAGAAUAAGCAAAUUUAAAGACAUAAUAAGAGAUUGAUGGCACUAUCUAAAAUUAUUAGCUACUAAAUCAAAAAAAAUUACAUUUGGAAGAAAUUCCAGAUAUUUUUCAGAAUACAAACGAAAAUCCUACUAAAUUAAAAUAGCAUCAGUAAGAAUAGUGCGCUGGUUCAUUUAACAUAACAUAAAAAUAUGAUAAAAAUUAUAUGUAUAAAUGUAAAAGUUUUUUUAAAUUGAAGAACCUUACAUAAUAAUAAUAAAUGUAAUUUAGAUUCUCAUAAUAUAAAAAGAGAAGCGCCAGUGUUUCUUCACCAAAACCACUUAAUUUAAAUUAAAAAGAAAGCCCUCCAGACUAAUCAUUUAAAAACAUAUGUGAGAGUUAGGAAAACUAAAUGGUUGACAAAAAUUUACACAAAUUUGGUAAGUACCAUAAUUUCAACAAGCUAUUCAUGUACAACAUACUAAACAUGUUUUAACCUAAUAAUCUAGCUAAUAUGAAUGUACCAGAAUAAAUCUCAAAAGAGUUGCAAUUGCUUAUAAGCAAAAUAAAAUCCUCAGCAAAAAAUAAUUAUAAAGUAGAAGGAAAAUAUGCUUUUGACUACUUUUCCCAUGCUCACUACAACAUAUUAUUUUUUAAGCUAAAUAGUAAAAAUAUAGUUAUUUUAAGCUAAAAUGAAGAAUAUUUAAAUUUAUACAAAGAGUGUUUUAACAUCAAUCUUAAGGAAAGUAUUUCUAGUAUAACAAUUACUUAUAUAAAUUUAAUUAAACUAUAUUGCUAUCAAAUCUUCAUGCAAUGCAUAAGAGAAGAGGAAAUUUAAAUCGAUACUUCUCUUUCUUAAGAAAAUUUAAAAAAUUAAUAUACUUUGAAGGUUAUUAGAGGUAUUAAAAAGCUCUCUAAUGGAAUAAUAAUCAAAAGAUUUUGA